GUCCUCUGUUAUACAGCAUCACGGUCACGUGACCUACGGCUCGUCUGGUCGUUCGAUUUUGGCGAUUUGUUCGCGUAUUUAUCACGAAAUUCGAGCCUUUUCUACCAAAUCAGGCGCAUAAUUCACAUAUUUUGUGGACAAGGCGACUAUAGAGAGGAGUACAAUGAAGUCAAAACUGCUUAUCAGCCUUUUAUUGGUGGCUUUUGUAGCAUCUUGCAGAGCCCAGAAUCAAGUUGAGUUCACCAUGGAGCCACAGGGUACCACUUCAUUUGAGGAUGGCAGUGUGCAGUUUUCCUGUGAGGCCCAGAAAACUGGUGGUGAUGACGACGUGGAGAUUGUGUGGGUGAGGUCAUCAGGCGGAUCUGUGGGGCCUAUAAAUGACGGGUCUGACAGCCGCUUCACUUUUGCAACUGUCACCACUACUGGGGCUGCAAAAAGUAAUUUCAGCAUUGAUGACUUGGUGGUUGGUGACACUGGCCAGUACAAGUGUUAUGCAUCAAAUGACCCCACCCGUGGCAGUAACCCAACGACAGAGCCUACAAAAUGGAUUUCAGCACAAGCAAAUCUCAAUAUCCUGGCAAAGGUCCUCAUCAACCAGACAGCUGAUACAAACCUGACAAAGAUAGGACCCCUGGAGCUGGGCUGUGAGGUCAGCAACCCCGGGAGCGACUUGACAGUGACCAGCGUUGCUUGGACAAGGAAUGGAGUUGCUGUGAAGGAUGAUGGCAGCACUGCACAGCCCAACUACUAUCUCAAGAUCAGGUUAGCGAGUGGGACCGAUGGUGGAGUGUACACCUGCACUGUGACCUUCACUGUGACCAGUACCGGAGCCACUGUCACCGACAGCAGAGACAUCACCGUGUAUGCGGCCCCAAGGAUCACCUCCCAUUUCAGGAAGUCCGUGAAGUACCAGGAAGGUGAAACAGUGACUCUGAAGUGCACUGCUGAAGGCUACCCCACUCCAACUGUCAAGUGGAUCAAGGAUGACGAAGAACUGGCCAACAUGAGCUCCAGAAUGAGCUAUUUCAUGGAUGAUGAUGGUGCAGCAAACCUUGUAAUCACCAACUUAGAGAUGGGGGACAGGGCAACCUACACUUGCAGUGCUGAAAACAGCAUUGGUGCUACUACCUUGGAUGUUCUGCUGAGGGUAAAAGACCGCCUGGCAGCUUUGUGGCCCUUCCUAGGCAUUCUGGCUGAGGUUGUCAUCCUGGUGGCCAUUAUCUUCUACUUCGAGAAAAGGAAGUCUGACUCAGAUGACACAGCUGACGAUGCUCCCCUGGGUGCCCCUGCGUCCCGCAGUAGUAGAGAUAGACCAGAAAAUAAGGAAAGCACUGGUCUCACAUCUCGUUUUCCUUGGUCAAGAUGAUGAUGAUGAUGCUCCUGUUAAGAAGAAGUCCAACAGUGCUACCAAUGAGAAGGGCGUGGAGAAGGAUGAGAGUGAUGUGCGACUACGUAACGUUAAUGCAUAGUGGGCUCUCUUUGCACUCCUUAGUAGUGGGUGGAAUAAGGUCCUCAACAAUGUUGCUAGAAUUAUGUGGCAGUCGAACAUUAAAGUUCCAAGCUGAUUUUUUUAGACUUUCUUUUUGCUAAAAUUGGUCUUCUUGAUGAGCAAUAAGACGCUUACAGGUCAAGUAAUGAAUUUUGAAGCGAUGAAAGUUUUUUUUUUGUAGAUUUUAGGCCACACAAAUCAAACAUUUUAGUGAUUUCCCCUCAUUCCAAAUUUUGGCUAGAGAGAAAUGUACACCUGGAUAUGCAUGGGAGUGGAUGAAAAGGGCAAUAGGGUCCUAGAAAUUUAACUGCAAAACAAGGCCAGUACUGUAAGUAACCUACAGAACAGUUUGACCACAGGGUACAGUCAUUUCCCCAAAAGAGGUGUUUUAAGAUAAGUUUUUAUGUUUUCACCCCAUUGCUAUAUAUUUUUGUGUUCGUGUAAAAUUCUGAGAAAUAAGGUACAUUUGCUGGUCCUUGCUUUUCAACAUGUGUAUUUUGAUGAAACAGAACCACAAUCUUCAAGUUGAAUGCAAAUAUACAUCUUGUGCCCUUCCUCUAGGAGGCACAGGAAUGUGAUGUUGUAAAAUGUUCCACAUAUUGGUGUGAAGGUUGAUUCAGCCAUUUGCAAGAGGUGGCUCUGCUGCAGAAAAUUUAAGUGGCACAUUCUUGCCUCCAGCAGACACGGAAGCUUUCAAUGGUGACAUGUAUGUCAAAGUGCAGGACUACACUGUAUUUUACUCCACAUGCUACUGAAAGAUGUUCAUAGGUUAAUGAGCAUACUGAGAAACAAAAUGUUUUAGGAUAUAGUGUUGUAUUCACUGGCUCAGACCGAAGCUUGUAGAAAAAUAUUCUCAUCGUAUUGUAUCUACCUGUUGUGUGAGAUGUGUUGUUUGCGUGUCUUUUGACAGUGAAAAUGUGACUGAACAAAUGUUUCUGUUGUAUGAUAGUUCUAUGGUGCCCUGGGACUUCAGAUGUGUAUAUAAUCUUUAUAUGUACAUGUGCUUACUAGAUGCAAUUUGUAAAGGCAAAUGUUUAACCAUGAUAUUUAACUGUAUGUUCUCAUUUACUUGCAAAAUUUGACAUCAGAUAUUUGUAUGCAGUUCCACUUACAACCAACACCAACAGGCAUGUAACAAUGUAUAGUAAAUAUACCCUUUGUCAAUGUAGUACGGCCAUGUUGAUUUGACUAUAUAGAUGACAUCCACGAACACAUCAAGUUUCGGCCAUUUCCAAAACGUUUUCAACCAUGCUCUAAAUCGGUAAAUCAUACAAAGCAGCUUCCAAAGAAGCAAAUAUAUGCCAUAUGAUGAAAAUGUCAAUUCCAAGUUCAAAUAAGAUGUAAAAAAACAAAAAUUACUCUUUUUGAUAUUCCAUAUUCUGUGUGUUUGGGCAUUUGUUCAACGGACAUGAAUACUUCAAUUUCAUAAUUUUUUGGGGCCGAACUUUUUUUUAAUUCACACACUUCAGUAUUGGGAUUCCCAGGGGAGUUAUCAUCCAUAUAAUCACAUCAAUGUGGCCUAAUCUAGUCUUGAUGAUUGGCUACAGAAAUGACAUAUUGUAAACUAGGGUUGUUUGUAUCAGUACAUGUGAUAAGAAAGUACGUAGCUUGUAGUUUUCAGUCAAUCAAUGUCACAUCGCUGUUUGCUGAUCCUGCAGUAGUUUACCUAGUGUGGGGGAUGUAUACUGUGUUGAACUGUUUCUUUAACAGAAGUACAUUUACAACUAACAGUGUGUUGUGACUGUGUAGGUCAUAUCAGGCCAAGAAUCUCUUCAAUAUAACUUGCAAUGUUGGUUCAGGUAGUGUCUUAUGUAGUACCUUUGAAACGUACUGUAGUAAGUAGUGAUUGUGCACCUCAUCCUGUACAUCCAGUAGAAAUGCUAGCUACAGUUCAAAAGCUGCUCCUUUUUGUCAUGGAAUUCUUUCAGUGGAAAGGAAGAAAGCUGUAAGGUGAUAGGAUGAUCACAUGACACAUUUGUGCAUGUGAGGUGGUGCUUCAGUUUAUACACACAUAUAAUUCAGAUGGGAUUAAAGUAUUCAGGUGGAUACUAGUCCAUGGU